AUGACCCAUCCAUCAUCAUCAACCUCUGUAGUGCUGGACGACGUACUACAGGCCGACUCGUCUGAUGAGAGUAUAUGUGUUGAUAUUCGAAACACCGCUCGUGAAGCAUAUUCUGUCAGAUCCAUGUCCACCCACAAUGUUGCCGUGGUACUAAAUGUGGCUGGAUCGCGCAUCCGGGCAUUCCUCACCCUGUUCCAGUUUGAGCACAAGAAUCAACAUCUGUUUGCAGAUCGCAUUGCCUUUUAUAAGGCUGACCUUCGUUGGGAGAUCGCUACAUUUGUGACUCCUGUCCUCAAGUAUGCCGCUUCCCAAGGCAUCAUGGCGGUCGUACCAAAGCCCGUCGUGCAUGUGCUUGAACUCAUGGUUCAGGACAGAUGGCAGCUGGUGCCAAACAAUAUUUUUACAGCUCACCUUGGAAAGUUUGAAAUUGUUGCCGAGCCCAGCGAUCUGUCUUGA